ACGCCACCCUAAACUGAGGACGUGUUGGUGACCUGAAGUCGUCUCGCGCUGAACGCCGCGUUCGACUUUGCUCUUGUGAGCCGUCGUCCUGGCAACGGGAAACCUUCAGACGGCAGGACAACCUGUGCUUAAUGAGCCGACCCAAUACCAAAGGAGGUUUACUUCAUUUUGGCAAUUUUUUCUCGGAUUUAUAACACAAACGUCCUCAAGUAAACGAAGGGAUGAGCUCCAAGAAGAACAGCACUGCCAGUGGUGUGAUCACCUUCCACUCCCCAUUUCAUGUCAGCCUGAUCAAAUCAGAGUGUUCCUUAUUUGACCCUAUUGGGAUUUCAGGAGUGCAUGGAUAUUGGGAAGAGCCCGUCUCAGCCGAGCAAGAGGACGAGGAGCACCAGUAAAUGUGUAAGAGCAGAGAAAAAGGACGAGUCCUCACCCUCUGGGCCACAGCCGGGAGCCACACAGCACCGGCUCUCUCACACCUCCCUCAGACGACUGCAGGCAAAGAUGGAGGAUGAUAAUCAACAGGUGAAAGCAACAAUUCAAGCAAUACUGGAUACAGAAAAUGGCUUUAUGAAGGAGCUGGAGAGGUUUCUGAGUCAACGGGACAUAACAGAGCUAAGGAGGAGGGAGCUGCUGCACAAGCGCUGGACCGAGCGUGUGUGGUUUCCCCUCCAGAGGAGAGUGGAGAAACAUGUGUCCAGCUGCAGUCCUGUGGCGGUCAAGAGGCACCUGAGUUUAUACCGUCAAUACCUCCAUCAAUGCAAUACCAAGGGCGUUGUGCUUCUAGAAAGCUAUGAUCUAAGGGAAUACAAUCCAUUUCUUCUCCACAAUAAAAAGCCACACUACAUAAAGCUCAGAACAGCCGACGUAAAGGACCCAUUGUACCUUCAGUUACAUGAAAGACUGAAGGAGAAGAGAACAGCCCGCUCUUGUGAAGAAGGAUGUCAAAGACAAGUAGAGAAGCAGCCUCAGAGUGAUCGCCCUCUUAGUGAGUCUGUGACGUCUCAGGCCAACAUGCCGCUACACGCCUCAUCUAAUCAUCCGGUCACUGCAUCCAGAAAAACUCCAGUGGUGGAUGAGACUGAAGGAAGGAAGUCCAGCAGAAUCAACACCAUACCAUGCCGCCUCCGUACAUUUGUCACACCAAAUGGUAUGUGCCAUCAGACCGGCUGCUGGUUCUCCAGAUGUCGGCAACAAGCAGCAAGUGUACAACAACUUCAGUCCUCGCCUACAUCCAAAUAAAAUCCACAUUAUCCGU